ACGUUUGAAUACUCAACGCUUGCCGACAUCGGUGAACAGGGUAAACGACGAUCGAGCAAGAAGCAACGGUGAAACUUGUAAGCGCUACUCGAGUUUGCAGACCACACGAUGCUGUGCAUUCACUUCUGCUUUCCAUUAAGUACAUGGUUCUGCUUUUCGUGGGAACAUCAUAUGGGUCCAAUAUAGGUCGUAUCUGGCACGUCACAGACAUCCACUAUGAGCCAAACUAUACAGCUGGUGAUUAUCCUGCGUCCAGUUGUCGUGACCUAGAUGGAGGCACGCCUGGUUACUGGGGAGAUUAUCGAUGCGAUUCACCGUGGGCAUUGGUCAAUUCAUCAGUAUACGCCAUGAGAUCUAUCGAGGAAAAUCCCGACUUCAUUAUCUGGACUGGAGAUGACACCCCACAUGUCCCAGACGACAAUCUCAGCACAGAUAAAGUAAUAGAUAUCAUAACGAACGUGACCACACUACUGAGCGAAACAUUCCCCGGUACGACUGUAUUCCCUGUUUUCGGUAACCAUGACUACCACCCCAAGCAUAUGUUUCCACCGAUGACGAAUCCGGUUUAUAGCACAAUUGCCGACUUGUGGUCGCAUUGGUUGGGCGACUACCCGGCAUUCAACGAGAAAUUCCGAAAAGUUGCAUAUUAUACAGCACAAUUCACUGCUGGACUUCGAAUAGUUGGACUCAAUACUGUAUAUUAUUAUACAAGCAAUAAAGUAACUGAGGAUUUGGAAGAUCCUGGUGAUCAGUUCGUGUGGCUGGAAUCUGUAUUGAACCAGGCCGCAACAGAUGGCGAAAAGGUAGGCACAUUGCGUAUUCUUGAUGAUAUGAUGACAUUAGUUGAUGAUAUGAUGUCACUAGUUGAUGAUAUGAUGUCAUUAGUUGAAGAUAUGAUGCCAUUAGUUGUUAAUAUGAUGUCAUUAGUUGUUAAUAUGAUGUCAUUAGUUGCUGAUAUGAUGUCAUUAGUUGAUGAUAUGAUGUCAUUAGUUGAUGAUAUGAUGUUAUUAGUUGAUAAUAUGAUGUCAUUAGUUGAUGAUAUGAUGUCAUUAGUUAUUGAUAUGAUGUCAUUAGUUGUUAAUAUGAUGUCAUUAGUUGAUGAUAUGAUGUCAUUAGUUGAUGAUAUGAUGCCAUUAGUUGAUAAUAUGAUGUCAUUAGUUGAUGAUAUGAUGUCAUUAGUUAUUGAUAUGAUGUCAUUAGUUGUUAAUAUGAUGUCAUUUGUUGAUGAUAUGAUGCCAUUAGUUGAUAAUAUGAUGUCAUUAGUUGAUGAUAUGAUGUCAUUAGGUGUGGAUAAGAUGUCAUUAGUUGAUGACAUGAUGUCAUUAGUAGGCAUAUGA